CUGUAGUAGAACACAGACUUAGGUCAGAAAAGAGCGGAAAAAAACGAGCGGGGAAAAAUUACCAGAGUUAUGGAUAGAGACGACGACGGCGACGCCGCCGGAGAGCAGAGCUUUGGGACCUGCCUGAGAAGUUUGGUGGACGAAGGCAACAUUGAAAGCAGCAGGUACUAUCUGGCACGACGAACGGCGCUUGAAAUGCUCAAGGAUCGUGGAUACGCAGUACCGAACCGUGAGAUUGAUCUAUCGCUCGAGGAAUUUCGGAACAAGCACGGCCAGAUGCCUGAUGUUGAUAGCUUGACGAUUGAUACUCGUCUCAUGGACGAUCCUGAGAUUAAGCUUCAAGUUCGGUUCUUAGGUCCAAGCAUAAUCAAAGUAAAUUCAAUCCGUGCUAUUACUGCUGAGCUACUCAGCUUGAAACUGGAACGUGCAAUCUUCAUCGUACAGAGCAAGAUCACCAGCCAGGCCUUGAAAUCUAUUGACGUUUUACCUUUCAAAGUCGAAAUUUUCGAGAUCAAGGACUUGCUCGUUAAUGUCACGAAGCAUGAGCUAAAGCCGAAGCAUCAAAUCCUGAGCAACAAGGAAAAGGAGGAUCUGCUGAAGAAGUACAGCAUUAACGAAAAACAGCUUCCUCGUAUGUCUGAAAAGGAUGCAAUGUCAAGAUAUUACGGGUACAAGAAAGGGCAGGUCGUUAAGAUCACGUACAACAGCGAACUAACACAGAUGCACGUCGCCUAUCGAUGUGUUUGGUAAUGCAUUUCUAUGCUUGUUUUCUA